CGUACACAUAAAAACAAAUCUCACUUCCCCACAUUUCACACCAUAUAUCAUACACACAAACUUUUUACAUACUACUAUAAUAUAUUCCUAAUUAUUUUUCCUAUUCUAAAAUACUAAGACAUCAACUAGCUUAGGAUAGAAUUAAACUAUGGCCUCUCUUUUCCUCUGUUUUUUCCUCUGCCUCUCCUCCCUAAUCAUCUUACCUUCUUCUUCAAGCACAAUUAAUCUCAAUCUUUCUCCUACUCCUACUCCGAAAUCGUCGUUGAAUCGAUGGGAUUUCACGUCCGACGUUGUUAAAACCGCCAUCGAAAGAGCUCGGCAGCUCAAACACCCCCACAAAAAUACAUCAUCUACUACUAGUGCUCUACAUGGAGCUACUAGCAUGCCUCUAUAUGCACGUAGCUACGGUGGCUACUCCGUAAACCUCGCAUUUGGUACGCCACCGCAGAGCAUCCCGCUCAUUUUCGACACCGGUAGCAGCCUCCUUUGGGUCCCUUGCACGUCAAAGUAUGCUUGUGCUAAUUGCACCUCCUCUAAAGUUGAACCCUUCCAACCAAAGUUAUCCUCUUCUACUCGUGUCAUAGGGUGUCGAAACCCGAAAUGUGGGUGGAUCUUUGAUGCUGAUGAGGCAGCCCGGUGCGGACCGGGAUGUGGGUCGAACUGCAACCGGGGUUGUCCAAGCUAUGUUCUUCAGUAUGGUAAGGGUGCCACUAGUGGGGUUGCUAUUUCGGAGACGCUUGACUUGCCUGGCAAGCCGGUCCGUGACUUUCUCCUAGGUUGCUCCCUCUUGUCGAUACAACAACCGGCAGGGACCGGGAUUGGCGGGUUCGGGAGAGCCCCUACGUCUCUCCCGAGCCAGCUCCAGCUCGGGAAGUUCUCAUACUGUCUUAUCCCUCAUAAGUUUAAUGACGGAUCAAGAAAUAGUAAGUUGUAUCUCGCUGGCAAAGGGGGAAAAAUCUCCAUUGCCAGCGAGGGUAAAGGUGGUGAAAUUGAGUACACACCUUUUUAUAAAAACCCUACUAAGGCCCCUUACAAUGAGUAUUACUAUGUCAACUUAAGAAAAAUUACUGUUGGUAAAAAACGUGUUAGGUUACCAUAUAAGUAUCUUGUCCCCAGCCGCAUUGGGGACGGGGGUACCAUAGUGGACUCUGGGUCUACCCUUACUUUUAUGGAGCAACCAUUGUUUGAGCCGCUCGUGAAAGAGUUGGCUGCACAAAUAACCGAAUACAAGCGGGCACACGACGCGGAGGCGUUUUCGGGUUUAGGGCUAUGCUACGAAAUUAAGGAAGCACGAAAUGUUUCGUUCCCGAAGCUCGUAUUUCACUACAAGGGUGGAGCAAAGAUGUUAAUGGCAGUGGAUAAUUACUUCUCGUUUGUUGGUGAUUUGGGUGUUUGGUGCUUAACUAUUGUUACCGAUGCAAGCUUAGCUGGGCCUAGUGUGCAUGUUGGGCCGGGUAUAAUAUUGGGUAAUUUUCAACAACAAAAUUUCUAUAUUGAGUAUGAUUUGGAGAAUCAAAGAUUGGGUUUAAAGAAGCAAAAGUGUGCAUAACAAAUUAAAGUAGUGAAUUUUUUUUCAUUCCUUCUCCAUUUGUAAUCGAUUUUUUUUUUUUUUCCCUAUGUAAAUAAAGGAGGCGUCAAGUUAAGAUUAUUGGAUAGUCUUCAAUAAUCUUAGAGCUACAUUGAUUUAUUCAAGUUGGUUCAAUUUUAUAAGUGAUGAUUUUGUUUAAAGUCUCCAAAAAUUAGAAAUUAUUUACAUACGUUUCAUGUGUGGUGUACUACAUUCAGUUUAUUAUUCGUAAAUUACAAUAUUGUCUAUCAUGUAAUACCGCAUAAUGUGUAUGGUACUGAAUAAGAAAAACUUCGCCGUA